GUUCCCGCUGCGGCGUGUGUAUGUGUGAGUGUGUGUGCAUGUGCAUGUGUGGUGAUCGGCUGAGUGUGUAUGUGUAUGUAUGUGUGUGUGUGUGUGUGUGAGUGUGAGAGAGUCUGAGGAAAGAAAGGAGCUCGGCUCAGAUUAGCUGCGGCACUGGAGAGAGAGUUCACUCAUCGCCCCUCGCGCUCCGGACAAAAAAUAAUUCAAACCAUAAGAUUUUUUUAAAUAAUUUGUUUGCACUUCACGCUUGUGUAAUCCAAGGGCGUGUGUGGUUCUGGUUUUUUUUUUUUUUUUUUUUUUUUUGGCACAUAGAGAAAGAUGUGACUUUGAGCUCAGGCGUUGUGUGUUUGAGAAGCGGGCCGUGCACGCGCCACAUCUCUUUCACUAAUGGAAGUUAUUGUUGUUGCGAGUUGUUUCUAACUAUGAGGUGCACGAGAAGCGGCUUUCUCUCCUGGGCUUCCUUCAUCACGGACCACUGAUUUUUAUUUAUUCAUAUUUUUUGUUGUCUUUGUGUGCAUGCGAGUGUGUGCGCGCGCGUGUAUGUGUGUAUGUGUGUGUGUGUGUAGAGGAUUUUAACCAAGAAAUAUCAAAUCGCACGAGGAAGUAAGAGCUGAAAAGGGGAGAGAGCAGCGCGAGGCAGAGAGCUCCACCACCGGGGGAUUUAAAUCGCCUGUUUGUUUUUGUUUUUGUUUUUUUGUUGUUGUUGUUGCUGCGAAGGAGGAAAAAAACAGGAGGCACGCGGAGGGAAAAAAAGGAGAAAUUCAUGUAGCUGUUCUAUCUUCAGCGACAUUUCUUAUUUUUUUUUUUUUUGUAUUGGAUCGCAGGAUGAGCAAGGACAGACCGAAGAGGAACAUCAUCCACAAGAGAAGAGAUGACGACAGCGAUGGGAUCCCCUGGUCGGAAGAGCAAGUGGUGCGGAAGGUCCUCUAUCUCUCGCUGAAGGAGUUUAAGAGUGCGCAGAAACGGCAGCUCUGUGACGGCCUCAGCGAUGGAGCCAAAAGCCCAAAUGGUUCUCUGUCGAGUGUCCAGCUCAAUGGUUCUGGCUCUAAAGGAGGACGCAAAGAGGACGACUCUCGCUCACAAAGCACGGAUGGAGGGAGCGAGUGCUGGGAGGAUGGACCGGCUAAAAAGAGACCCAGACUGCAGGCCCAGAGGAAAUUUGCUCAGUCUCAGCCCAACUCUCCCAGCAGCACUCCGGUGAAGAUGGCCGACCCGUCACUGCCCACACCAGCCACGCAGAUCACCGAUCUCUCCAGACGCAAGCCCAAGACCGAGGACUUCCUCACUUUCCUCUGCCUACGAGGCUCCCCGGCUUUACCCAGUAACAUGGCCUACUUUGGCAGUUCUCAGGAUGAGGAUGAGCUGGAGGACGAUGAGGAAUGCGAGGAGGAGAAGCCGCCCAGCGUGGCAUCCACAUCGUGCCAGUCCACACCACGGAAAGGCAAACCGCCCGGCAGACUCAACGGACAGGUUUUUAAUGGCCACAAUAAGCUGAUGAAGGAGAGGGAGAGCACGCUGAGGCCCAAAGUCAGAGAGUCGUCAGUGGGGAAGGAGCGCUCGGAGAGGGUGGAGGAGUGGAGAGAUGUCCCACAAGCCACCACAACCAGAACUCACACCUCCAAUGGAGUCGGCAUUAAAGGAACCACAGAGGAACUACGCAAGCAGGUCUCUAAAGUGAACGGCUUUUCGCAGCCAUCUCCUGCAAACGUGGCCACUGCCAAAAAGUCGAAAGACUGCCGCCUACCCUCCAGAACUGUGAAGUACACGGCCACCGUGACCAAGGGCCACGUCACCUACACCAAAGCGAAAGGAGAACUGGUAAAGAAAGCCAAACUGAACCACAGCAAACAUUCUGCUGCUGCUGCUGCUGGCGGUAAUCAGCAUCCAGCCAGCAACGGGCACGGUGCCCAGCCCCCUCACUCAGGGAAAGCCCCAAGUGGCAAUGCAAAAACCCGCAAACAGGUGCUGUUAUCAAAUGGGCUGCAUGGCACAGCCAAUGGGGGUGCCACUGUUCGCUUCAACGGGAGGAUCAAUGGACUCCAUACCUUCAAGGAGGAACAUCUGGAGGACGAAGGCCGGCAAGGGCGGCAUGGUCUGCGCAAUUCCAAACGCAGGAUGGAUACAGGAUCAGAGGUUACGGAGCCUAAGUCUAAGGUCUUGUUCUCGGCGCCUAAAAGGCCUAAACUGGCGUCACUUCCUGUAGUGGAGACACGCAGCAAGAAGGUGCUAAACCAGGACAAGGCUUCAACCGCCCUUGCUAAUGGGCACAGCAUCACGGAAACGGCUGCCUCACCUACACCAAAAACAGGCCCCACCCCUGCUCCAGCCUCACCAGCUGCCCCAGGCUCCGCCCACCAGAGCCCAGCCAACCCGGAGCCGGCAAGGCAACGGCCCAAGCGUGCCUCAGCCGGGAGGCUGAUGUUCAUCCACAGAGCACAGCAGAGGGCCAAGAGCUGGCACGCUAACUCUAAUGCUAACACUACCUCAACCAGCAGGCCCUUGAGAGGGUCAGAGCCUCAGACCACACCUCAACGGGUGGAGCGGGAGCGUGAGAGGGAAAAGGAGAGAGAAAAGGAGCGUGAGAGAAGCCGGGCAGGCCUGGCAGCGCUGCCUGAGGUUCCCAUAUUGAGGCCAAACUCACGGGAGUUUCAGGAUCCACUGGUGUACCUGGACACGGUGCGAGAAUGCGCAGAAGCAAGUGGGCUGUGUCGAGUGGUCCCACCUCCUGACUGGCGUCCCGAAUGCAAGCUAAACGAUGAGAUGCGCUUCGUCACGCAGGUGCAGAGGGUGCACAAGCUCGGCCGCCGCUGGGGCCCCAACGUCCAGAAACUCGCCUGCAUCAAGAAACACCUCAAAUCUCAGGGCAUCAGCAUGGAGGAGCCACCAGUUAUCGGAGGCUGUGAGGUAGACCUGGCACGCUUCUCCGAGCUGGUCAGCGACAUGGGUGGUAUGCAGCGGGUGAUGGAUCUGAAGAAGUGGAGCCGUUUGGCGGAUCUGCUCCGGAUCCCGAGGUCGGCUCAGGAACGGCUGGCUAAGCUCCAGGAGGCCUACCUGCAGUUCCUGCUUUCCUACGACCAGCUUUCUCCGCAUGAGCACCGUCGCCUCGAGCAUGAUGUGCUGGCCGAGAAGGAGAUGCUGGAGCGCCGCAGGGGGCCCCUGGAGGGUCACUCAGAGAGCGGGAAUGGCCACGCUCUGGCACUGCCACGCUACGAGCCCAAGAACGGGCUCCACGGGCCAGGCAAGGAGCUGGAGACGCCGCGUAACCCCGGACGCCGUCGACUCUUCUCUCAUGAGAAGAAAAAAGAGGGUCAUGUAGAAGAGGAAGGAAAUAAAGGGGUUCUUAGCGACCAGCACAAGUGUAUAUAUAAGGGGAGGUCAGUGUCUUUGACCACCUUCUACAGAAUAGCCAGGAAUACAAUGAUGAUGUGCUUUAAUAAGGACCCCGGAGCAUCAGAAGUUGAGCAAGAGUACUGGCGAAUAGUGGAGCAGAGGGACUGCCAUGUAGCGGUGCAUUAUGGGAAAGUGGACACAAGCACACACGGAAGCGGCUUUCCCGUGGGCAAGUCAGAGCCUUUCUCAAAACAUGGAUGGAACCUCACUGUCCUCCCUCACAACUCCGGCUCCAUCCUGCGCCACCUCGGUGCCGUGCCCGGGGUGACUGUUCCCUGGCUGAACAUUGGCAUGGUCUUUUCUACCUCAUGCUGGUCACGAGACCAAAACCGCCUUCCAUACAUCGAUUACUUACACACUGGUGCUGACUGCAUUUGGUAUUCGAUUCCUGCUGAGGAGAAGGCUAAGCUUGAUAAAGUAGUGCACACGCUGCUGCAGGCCAACGGCACACCGGGACUCGAGAUGCUGGAGAAGAACGUAAUGAUCUCUCCGGAGGUGCUGAGUCGCGAGGGGAUUAAAGUUCACCGCACGGUGCAGCAGAGCGGACAGUUCGUGGUGGUAUUUCCCGGGACGUUCGUCUCCAGGGUGUGUUGCGGCUACUGCGUGUCGGAGACGGUGCACUUCGCCACGCCACAGUGGAUGAACCUGGGCUACGAGGCUGCCAAGGAUCUGAAAUGCAGACGCAUCGCUAAGCCCUUCUCCAUGGAGAAGCUGCUCUACCAGAUCGCCACGGCCGAGGCCAAACGAGAGAAUGCACUUCUGCUGAAUACAAUCUCCUCUCUUCUCAAAGAUCUCAGGAACAUAGAGAUGAGGCAGAGGCAGGAGCUCUAUGAGGCCGGUCUGCUCUCCUCCGCCCGCUACGGCACUCAUGAUAACGGGCAUGCAGACAACAGGAAGAAACCACGCAAGUGGCCGGCGCUUGAGUCGUCCGAGAGACGGUGCCAAAUGUGCCAGCACCUCUGUUACCUGUCCAUGGUGGUGCAGGAGAACGAGAACGUGGUGUUCUGUCUGGAGUGUGCACUGCGCUACGUCGAGAAACACAAAUCCUGCCGUGGACUGAAGAUGAUGUACCGCUACGACGAGGAGCAGAUCAACAGUUUGGUGAAUCUGGUGUGCUGUAAAGCCAUGAAGAGCUCAGCGGAAAGCUGUAACGGCUCCAGUCCUAAUAAAACCCCGACCAAGCGCCGCCCGAGGAAGAGCGCCUCCUUUGAGCUGACUCUCACCCGCUUGGGCAAAAACGCCACCAUGGCUGUCUCAUGAGAGAGAGAGAGGGAGGGAGAGAGAGAGAGACGUCCUGCUCCGAGCUUCUGAGAUCUGCCUUUAACCAAUCACACCUCUCUCUCUGUCACUCUGUCUCUUUCAAACACGGAUCUUCUGCCUCCUACAGUACGGCGAAACUUGCUGUGUGCGAGCGAGCUGCCUUUUUUGCACUAGAGUGAAAGAAGGUUUUUUCUUUGGAUUUUUUUUUUUUUUUUUUUUUUUUAGUUAGCAUUAAGCGGCGUGCUCCCUGAUUAAGCAAGCGAGACAGACGUCGUCCUCUCGCAUGGACCCUUUUUCCUCAUCCUCGGCCCUGUCGACUGCAUACACACUCAGCCUGAACUGUGAAUCGAGACACGUUGGUGCUCCUCUUUUUUUAUUUUUUAUUUUUGUGUCAAGAUUCCAGAGACACAAAUGCCCUUUGGUCGGCCUGGACUGCUUAGUUUUUUUUGUUUGUUCUUUUUUUUUUUUCCCUUUUUAUAAUGAAUGAGUUUGACCUCUUUGAGUUAGUUGCAAGGCGAGGUAACACUUGAAAGCAAGACUUGUUUUUAUUUUGUUUUUAGUCUUUGUUUUAAAUAUCAGAUGGUUUUAAUUCGACGGGUGGAGAUGUGACGAGCUCCUGCGCUGACACUAGCGACUCCUUAACUGUGCCUGAUCUUCAGAUCUUCAGCCGAGGAGCUCCGUCUGAUUCUUUGGUGCUGUUUUAUUUUAUUUUAUUUUAUUUUAUUUUAUUUUUUACAUCAAUACACAAAACAAAGGUAAAUGAAAAGGAGUGCUCUCUGCCUUCAGAGGCUUUCCGCUUCGACAUGUGCAAUCGUGUUAACAUUCCACACUUCCUGACUUAUCAAUUCAUCUGUACCAGUUAACAUUAAUUAUUAUUAUUAUUAUUAUUAUUAUUAUUUUUAUUAUUAUUAUUAUUAUUGUAAUUAUUUUUAUUUUUUUUUUAUUUGUGGUUUUUUUUUUAACCGUUAUUUUUUUCCACUUCAUUUUGGAUGAUCUCAAGUAGAGCCACUAGGCAGAGGGUGUAUAAUGUGAAAUAGUUUUGAUUUUUUUAAUUAUUAUUUUUGUCUUCUGAGUGAUUUCUCAAAGGAUCCCAUUGACUUUUUUUGUACAUAAUCCUGUAAAUGUCUGUUUAAAUACUUGAGCCUCUGCUUCGAGGUGCCAGACAGAGGAAACGAGAUGAAAAACACGCGAUGAAGAAACAGCCUUACCUUUCCUUUUCUUCAUCCGACCGGAGUGUGUGUGACGCGUACAGGGUUCCUCUGGCACCGUGGAGAAAAUCUGAAGUGCUGCUUAUAUCGCUGAAAAAUAAGAUAUGGAGUAGCGAUGCCCCUACCCCCUUCAUCCCAGGUUCCUUCGUUUUGUUUUUUAGCUUUACUUUUUUAAAGAAAAGGGAGAAAAAAAAUACCUAAACAAAAACAAGGUUUUUACAUUUUCGUUACUGAAAAUUCAACGAUGUAGUAGCUACUCAUGUUGCACUGAGCUUGCCAGUGGGGACUGUCAAGGAAAAAAACCCUAUAAUCCAGUUUGAUGGUUGUUGUCCUUUCCAGAAGACUGAACUGUUUUAGGACUAUUUAAUGUCAGGUUUUUCCAACAGGAAUAAAAACGUGGUUGUCGAGUUUUUAUGGCCUUACGAUGUAUUUUAUUCACUUUUUGCUGUUUGUUUUUUUCUGAAAGGUUGUAUGAAAGAUUUGCUCAACGUCUGGCAAAGUUAAUUUAUUCGCACUGCGUCUCAGCCUUUCCACACACACGGGAAGAUUUCAUGUUUGUUA